AUGGCCUCUUCACGAUCCCAGAAGUCCCUCCAGAUCCAAAUUCAAGAUGACUUGAAGUAUGAUAUCCGUAUCGAAAACGCUAAGCUUGAAAGCGGCAAAUUCUACAAUGAGGAUGAUCAAAACGAUAUCUUGACAUCGGAAGAUGUCGAUGACAUGGUUAUUCGGCAUAACGGUGGGAUCCGGUCUGUCUGCUCCAUGGACGGAUCUGAAGGAAGUAUCGAUCUUGUUGACGAUGUACGGGAUGCGAGGAUUUGCAAUUUAACCUGGAGAGCCUCCCCAGAGGGUGGAGAACGUAAUGAGAUCAAGAAACUCAACCAAGAUACGAGGUACAUGGUUGAUAUUGGGAGUUGGAAUGAAUCUGGGACUGUAGGAUCAGUUCUCGUUACCGUCAAGGACCAAGAUUGA